AUGGAUGAAACUGAAUCAGAUUUUUUUGCCGAUACCAGGAAGAAUCUGGCCUCUGUCUUCAAGAAAUCUUCGUCCAAUGUAGAAGCUGGGGAAGAGCAUAUGAAAUGUUACCUCAGAAUUCGCCCUUUUUCUGACGCAGAAACAGAAAGGGGAGAGAAUCAGGAAUGUAUUGAUAUCAUGGAUGAUAAUACAAUUUUAACAAAGGCACCAAAAGAUUCUCACACCUUCAAACAUUACGCCCAUGGUUUAGGCAAGACAUCACAUAAAUUUACAUUCUCUCGUAUUUUUGACGAAGAUACGACACAGAAGGAGUUUUUCGAUGAUACCAUGUUGAGUUUGGUUCGUGAUUUUAUUGAUGGUCAGAAUUGUCUGGUGUUUACGUAUGGUGUGACUAGCUCUGGUAAAACAUACACUAUACAAGGUAAGCAGUCAGAUGCUGGUAUCCUACCCAGAGCUUUAGAUGUCUUAUUUAACAGUAUCAACAAUAAACAGUUAUAUGGUAUCACGUUAAAACCCAAGAUGUUUAUGGAUGUGUCCAAGUUAAACACAGAAGAAGCUGAAAUGGAGAAGAAAAUUAAAGAGAGAAUCAUGAAGAUGAGCCUUGAAGAUGUAAGGGAUGAGACUAUUGUUUUAUCUAUUUCAGAAUCUCUCGUAGAUGUUUUUGAUAUAGAAAACAGAAUCCGUGAAGAAACUAAGAUAAGUGUAGAAGACCAGGGCCAGAUACGAUUCUCUAUCUGGUGUAGUUUUGCCGAGAUUUAUAAUGAACAGAUCUUUGAUCUACUAGAACCUAUGCCUAAAAAGAAGAACGCUAAACGUCCAGUCUUAAGACUUAGUGAUGAUAAAAAUGGAAGUCCUUAUAUCAAAGGCCUAAAAGAAGUCAAUGUAACUACAGCAGAUGAAGCGUAUAAAAUAUUAAACAUCGGUCAGAGAAAUCUCAGUACAGCUUGUACCAAACUUAAUCAUAGCUCCUCUAGAAGUCACUGUAUAUUUAACAUCAAGAUAAUCCGAAAUGUUAUAUUGAAUGAUCCCUCUGUUUGUAGGUUAUCUCUGUGUGAUUUGGCCGGUUCAGAAAGAUCAAGUAAAACAUUAAGUCAGGGAGACAGACUGAAGGAAGCUGGUAAUAUCAAUACAUCAUUAAUGACUCUAGGUCGGUGUAUAGAAAUGUUACGUUUUAACCAAAACCACAAAGAGAACAAUAGAAUAAUUCCGUUCCGAGACAGUAAACUAACCAGACUGUUUCAGAAUUUUUUCUGUGGUCGAGGUAAAGCUGCUAUGAUAGUUAAUGUUAAUCAAUGUGCUAGUAUGUUUGAUGAAACAUUACACGUAUUUAAAUUCUCAGCCAUAGCUAAACAGGUACGUUCAUAUUUCAAAAACUUUUCAUUUACAAGUGUGAGUUUUAAUUGCUGGGGCUUACAUUAUAUGAACAAUUAUAAGUACCCCUAG